GUGCGCAAUGGCGUAGGACGCUCGAAAUGUCUACGUCGCUGGAUCGGGCUAUCGCGCCUCGCGCCGGCCAUUGCGCGGUCGUGUUUUGAGCGAAAAGAUGGCGGACUCUUGUUUUCAAGAUCGCUCGCACACUCGGCACGUCGGGACGCACGACUGGCAGGCGUUACUUUGAAAAGUAUUCACGCGCAAAAGUCGACGUGCCGCACGCGCGACAGUCGCGGCCGCGGUGAAACGUCAAUUGUGACAGAUCGCGUAUGCGAUACCCGCGUCGCCGUCGUCGCUCAUCUCGGCGUCCUCGAGUCGAGACCCGAGUCGGCCCGAACGAAGCGCGCAGCUCGCGAGUUCCACGGGGAUUUGUUCGAAUUCAGGGUGCUGCGGGAUUAUUUUCGCGUCCCGCCGACGCGAAGCGAAGAUGGAGUCGAGUCAGUGAAGUGGUCGCGCGCCAUCGCGGGUCUCUCUAACCCUCGCCUUCCCCCCCUCCCCGGUCCCCGUUGUCGUCCCCCCCUCGCCCCCGUUCCUAACCGUGUGUUUACCGCUCGCCUGCUACGGUGCGCGAUUUGGUUAGGUUGCUCGGGUAAACCUUCCUACACUUGGUUUCUAUGAUACACCGAAACGUCGUCGCGCGUGUUCCUCGCGGUGGUUUACGUUACAAUGUGACGCGCUGCGCCGAUUUCUGCGAACUGAUGAUCAUUGAGUAACACCCUCGCGAUGGCAAACAGCGAUUUCGACGUGGAGCUCUUCGAGCGAAGGCUCCAUACACUGAAAGACUCUCAGGAGUCUAUACAAGGGCUCUCUUCGUGGUGUCUGGAGAGAAGACAGCAUCACAAAAAGAUCGUUGCCACUUGGUUGCAAGUUUUGAAAAAAGUAAAAGUUGAACACCGGCUCACAUUGUUCUACCUGGCGAAUGAUGUUAUUCAAUAUUCGAAACGAAAGAAUUUCGAAUUUGUGGAAUCAUGGGGCACUACUUUGCAACGUGCAACAACUAUGGUUCGUGAUGAGAAAGUAAAGCAUCGUAUACUGAGAAUCUUCAAGAUUUGGGAUCAACGGCAAGUCUAUGAUGAGGAGUUUCUUGCUGAUUUGUCUGGUUUAAUUUCGGCUGCGCCAAAAAAGAAAUUGGAACCCCAGCCAACUACGCAAUCCGAAGAGUUUCAGGCCGCUUUGCUGAUCUCUACUAUGAGAUCUUGCGCGACUCUGGAACAAGCAACCGAUGCCAGACUUCGUGACUUACGGGAAAGUAACAUUGAUAUAGAAUCUGCAGAAGAGUUACGUGCGUCGUUAAAGGAUAGAAGGCGCAUGGAAGAUGCAGAGAAGGAAAUAGAUUUGGUUGCGAGAAAUGUGGAAAAUUAUGUUCGUUCGUUAGAAGCAGAGAUUAGAGAAAGGACACAAGUGAUUGAGUUAUUGGAGCAAGCGGAUCAGUUUUAUGAAACUCAACGUGGGGAGGUUAAAAUAGUGACAAAUGCAUACCGGAAUUUUGGUAGUCGUGUGAAAAAUUUGAAGAAAAAAUUGGACGAACUGCUACCGACAUUCGUCUCACCAAUACCAUCGCCAGACGUGAACGCACCCUCGCCGAGUCCCGAUAGCGAUAUAGAACUUCCAGGAGACGAGUCUCAGGCGGCAAAUAAUCAAUUGGGAAUAAUUGACGUAGCACCACCAACUAUUUAUGGUUCAUAUUCUCAUGAAUAUGAUCCUAUACCUGUACCUGCACCUGACUUGGUACAAGGCAACGAGUCAACAGACUUCACCAAUUUUCGCUCUUUUAUAGGAGGAAAUAUGGAUUUUGGUACUAUGAGGAAUUUAUUUAAUGAAAGAUCCGCGACACCUCCUGGGAUGGCUCAACAGUAUAAUGAAUCUUUAGAGGCGAAACCAAUAGAAGUGAUUAAUAUGAGACCAUCGAAGAAUGAAAACAGCAGUGCUGACUUUAAUAUAUCUAGUUUUUUGAAAACGGUUCUUCCGUCUUCUGAUGAAACACCGGAUCCGGGACGAAUACCAGGUCUGGGCUUGGACAUUUCUGAGAAUCGAGUAGAAUCGCCUCAACACACCAACUAUAGAAACUCACCUACGUUAGGACAACUUCCUGUAACGCCUGUGAUUUCAAGAAUGAUGGGUAGUCAAAAUGUGCCACCUCUUGGUGGUGCUGGUUUAAAUAAUUGUCAGAUGAGCCACAGUACUCCAUUGUCGGUUCGCAAUCUGCCUACUGAGUCACACACACCUUCUCCGUAUUCGAGUCAAAACAGUCAGAGUAAUAUAACUGGUCCCUUUGAUAAUUCUGCUAAUUCUAAUGCAGUUAAUCCGUUACCACCUCCUCCCUUACCACCACCAAUUUUUCUCGAUGACGAGAAUUGUUACAACAAAUUGCCACCGAAAUUUCCUACGUGGACGCCGCCGAAUGAAAGCAUCAAGGAAUCAGCCAAAUGGGAAGAAAAAGUGAAUUUCGCUACAUGUUCAGGAAAAAACAGCAUGAAUCCUACGUGGCCUGGCGAAUGUGAUGAUAAAAACAAGAGUUCGUGGAUGGAUCGCGAUGGAGACAGAUGGGACUCGAAUAAUGAUCCCACAUGGCCAGGCAAUGGGAGGUCGAAGAAUGACAUAUUAUCCGAGACUCCCGAAUCACCGCCGAUAUAUGAGAAAGCUGGUUUUGCCGAACCAGUGGAAUACAACGAGUCGCAACCACAAGAAUCUCUUAAUACCACAGGAGAUGUGGAUCACAGAGUAAUUCCAAUUCCAAUGAAUGUCGAAAAUCAGCUACCGUAUCGCUUAAUGAAGGCAGCAGAUGUAGAUCAUCGUAAUUUGAUUAGUUUAACGGGUAGUCCGGCAAAUCAUAAUCAUGGUGAUUCGCUACCUGCUUUGCCCAAUAACAAUAAUCUAUGGUCCACGAGUGACCAGGAUUAUCGGCGACGCGUGCAACCUGGUGAUAUUGUCGAGAGUGUUGAUAUGGAAAUGUCGGAUGAUGAAACGGAUAGUAAGCCAAAAAGCAGAGUUCUCGUUGACUUAAGAUCGCAGGAUCGCGACAUGCGUGUUGGCAUGCCACCAUCAACAACCACAUCUCAUCUUGAUAUGGAUAUGCGUAUAAUUUCUCUUCCCGCCGGACAGAUACCAAGCUCACGUGGUGGUCAGCUUGUACAAGAUGUGCAUUUGAUGCAUUCAGGACCGCCACCACUGCCGCCAUUGUCGCAACAACAAUUUCAACACCAAAAUCAGGGUGGUUUUCGACAAGAGCAAGUGGAAUUUCCUCAUCGUAAUCAGUCGGAUUUUCAUCGGAAUCAACCGAAUUUUCAUCAAAACAGACUACCGCCGCCUAAUUUUUUGGCGAAUCAACAGGACUUUCAUUCGAAUCAACUCGAAGAGUUUCAUCAGCUUCAUCAGUCGCAGCAAGAUUUUCAUCAGCCGCAAGAUUUUGAAUAUCGCGACAGAGAACACUCUAUUCGGCCCAAACAGGAUUUUUUGAACGAACCCUCAGGACGCAGAUACUCGUCGUCGGAUCAUCAACAUCAACGCGAUAGUUCAUCCUUUCAUAGAAAUGAACGGAGCAAUCGUGGCAACGGGCGUGGAUUUCCGAGAAAUCGUCGCGAUCGAUAUUCAGAUGAUCACAAUAUGAAGCAACGCAAUAGUUUGGCGAACAAUCGUAAAUCAAGAUCGCAAGAUCAGCAGCAUCAUCAAUCAUCACCGGAUACCUUAACCAACAAUCGACCGUUAUUACUGCAACCACCCGAUACCGUCGUAAUCCUCGACGAAGAAGGCAUGCCAAUUCGUAUGCCGGAUUUCGAUCAGGAUAACAAUAUACCACUCAACAUGACGGAUGCUCAAGCAGAGCCGGAACGCGAUUCCGACAAUUGUCAAAACCCUUCAAUGUCACAGACACGGAGGACUUUGCACGAUCCACCGAGUGCUCAUGAAUCUGAGCAUAAUCAGCAACAACAAGGUUAUCAAGCAGGCUCUGAUCACGAGCAACAGGCACUACCUGUGGUCAAAUCGGACGACCAAUCACCACCGUCGAUGAAUCAAGUGACGGUUAUUGCGAUAACAUCUGACAGCGCCAACGAUGAUCCGCAACAACAAAAUCAAUAUGUUCCUAUUUCAGACUACGAGGAGCACGUAGAAUCGGCCGAGCAUUCCGAACCUGCGGAGAAGACAAGUGCGAUCGAUAAGUGCGAGCCGAUCGAUCAGGGACAAGAAGUGAACUUCACGGAAAACGAACCGUUAGACGAGUUGAUGAGCUCGUCUACAUCAGGUAACGAAUUGAAAAGACCAUCGACGAAUGGUAGUUUCGACGAACAAAGCCACGAUGAAGGCAGUUCCAUUAAAAAGAGAACUCUUUUGCCGAACGGUCCACAAAGUGCUAGCGAGUCAUUAGGACCAAACGGUCCCUCGCCGCACGUUAAUACGGAACCACAUCCCGCUAUGAUGCCAUACGAAUACGACGGACCGAACUUUCGACCGCGCAUCGGUGCGCCUUUCCCGCCCUGGCGAGGUGGACCGCCACCUCCACCUUCCAGAGGAAGUAGAGGUUUCAGGGGUGGGCCACCGCCACGGGGUCCGUGGAUGGACAGAGGUCCGCGCGGACCUGUAACCGGUAACUUUUCGCCGAGAGGACUGAAACGCGGAGGUGGGCAGUUUCGAGGCGGCGGUGGUUUCAGAGGCCGGGGACGAGGCAGUAACUGGUAGAUAAGCGCAAAAUUCGAAAGACUUGACGACUGUCGUCAUAAUUUGACCGAAAACAUUACGAAAUGCGUUUUACACCUUGUAAAUAAGCGAACCGUCGUGUUUUGACACAUGCAAAUACACACACACAUAUAUAUAUACAUACAAGGAUACCGUACAUAUAUAUACACACACGAUCGGACUCCAGAUGAAAAUCUUCUGUAACGAAGAUUCUCCACAUCUUUCUAUGUGCGAUUGAUUCGCCUAUAUAAAUAUAUAAAUAAAAAACUAUAAAUAUAUAAUAUACAUAUAUAAAUACAUAUUACAUAUUUCACAUACACAUUACAUAUUUCGUUAAGGUCUUAUUAUCGAAGCGGCUUGAAUUCAUGCAUGUAUAUACAUGUAUGUACUCACGUAAGUGCUAUUCGUGGAUCAGAUAAUGAUUAAGCAUAUAACAAAUCAUGUCGUAGUCGCUCCGAUAAUGACUAAUCAGCAUCAUCACCACGACCCUUAGAUUUUUAUGUAAGGAGAGUUUGUGUUGUUGAUGUACAUGUUAGAGGAGGACUGUAACGAUAAAUCUAUCAAAUGAGUAGACUCGUCUAAAGAGAACCGUAUUCUGGCGAACUAGUGAGCGACAUUGAGCACCGAAAAUCGCAAAUAACGAUAGUUAAUCGAUGAUAGUUGAUUGAUAACAACGAUUGAAACUAAUGUAAUUUUGCCGAGUUCAAAUUUGUAUGAAAAUUACUAAUAACGCGAAAAAAUAAAUUCUAUGUUUAUUAUAUAUCAGAAAUUGAACUCGUCAAAAUUAUAUCAACUCCAAUUUUUGUGUUUUUUUGACUCAAUCGUUGUAAUUUAUUCUUCAUGGAUCUUCUAUUAUUUUCCUUCCUCAUUCACUUUUGAACACAAAACAACGAUCACCUGUUUCCUUGUCUUCAACUUGUCUGACUACGUUCUCCGCUGUUUGGGCUUGAAGUUCAUUAAAGAAAGAAGAAAAAAGGAAAAAAGUAAACAGGCGCAUUAAUGAACCAUCUAAGUAUUAAUAAAAUGCAGUGUUUACGUUCUGGUCCGUUUCAUACAUUUUUCCUAUUGUUGUUUCUCAAAUAUAUGCACAUGUAGAUGAAUGUUUCUUAGUACAUCGUUUUCAUAAAGAAACGGCAAUAAAUAAUUAAAUUGCAAAAAAUCAAUUUGUGAAGCGUCGUGUUUUCAAUUCGUUCUUUAUAUUGUGAGAAU